AGAGUCAAGAAGAAGUUAGAAGCUGAUAUCAAUGAACUUGAAAUUGCACUGGAUCAUGCAAAUAAGGCGAAUGCGGAUUCAAUGAAGAGUUUGAAACGUUACACUGAACAAGUUCGCGAAAUACAACUUCAGAUCGAAGAAGAGCAAAGACAACGUGAUGAGAUGAAAGAGCAAUACUAUGCAGCCGAGAAACGUGCGACGAUCCUAGAAUCUGAAAAGGAAGAAUUAGCAGCCUCCUGUGAUCAGGCCGAACGUGCUCGCAAGCAGGCUGAACUUGAUGCCAGUGAUGGACGUGAACAAGCCAAUGACUUGAUCGCGCAAGUUAAUAGCUUGAACGCCACAAAGAGACGAAUGGAAGGGGAACUCCAGGCGAUCCAUGCAGAUCUCGACGAGACUUUGAAUGAGUACCGUGCCUCCGAGGAGAGCAGCAAGAAGGCGAUGGCUGAGGCAGAAAGACUUGCCGAAGAAGUACGAAAAGAGCAGGAACAUGUGACACAGGUUGAACGAUUGAGAGUCAGCAUUGAAGCACAAAUCAAAGAGCUUCAGGUGCAAUUGGAUGAAGCAGAGCAAGCAGCCCUUAAAGGUGGUAAGAAGACAAUCGCUAAACUCGAACAACGUAUGCAUGACCUUGAAGUUGAGCUAGACGCAGAACAGCGCCGUUAUCAAGAAGUUGCGAAGAACGUUUCCAAAUCCGAACGCCAAGUUCGAGAGCUUCAAUUCCAAGUUGAUGAGGAUAAGAAGAACUUCGACCGUAUGCAUGAUUUAGUCGAGAAACUGCAAACCAAAAUCAAAACCCAGAAGAAACAACUCGAAGAAGCUGUAAGUUUCUCCCUUAGCAUUGCUCAUUUCAUGUCUUUACUAUCAAAGUGA